AUGGUUUAUGAUAGAAUCCAUUUCACAAUUCUUAUUAUUCCUACUGGUCUAUUUUUUGGGUAUCGAAGUAUGCCAAAUGGAAUUAGUAUUUCUAAGAACGAACCCGUUAUUGAUGUUGAACAUAGAGAAUAUGUGUAUAUGGAACCUGAAAAAAAAGUUAGUGAUUAUUUCAAUAGCAGACCUCCUGCUGAAAUCACGAUUCAUAUUCUCAUAGAAGAAGCAUAG